AUGCUUCUCCAAAGUGCUCUCGUUGUGGCGCAUUUACUUGCCAUCGUGGUCAUGUUGAACCACCUGCCUGUCUUGGAAUCUGCCUCCUUAGGACCAUUAGCCCUCGUUCGCCGUGCAGAAACUCUUCAGGAUCUCUUUGAUAGAACGUUAAAUGAUCUCAUGUACAUAAACAAAGCCGAGGGUUCUUUGGCCAUAGUUCAACGCAACCAUAAGGCAGAACUCAUACUAGGCCUCAAAUCUGUAAUGAUAGAGCAUUUCCUCUACUUACUUACUACGGUAGAACUGAAAGGCAGACAUGUAUCUGAAUAUACAUUGUUGGGUGUUGAUCGCCAGUAUCACGUUCCUUUUGUGUGGACCAUUCUCUUCCAUAGUAUGCUAGAAGAGCUAAUUUACGACAUAUCCCUGGAGUGCCAUGGUGCCCUUACAACACUUGUACAACAAGGAAAUCUCUGGAAGGGACCCAUUUGCUUUGACGAUAUCUUUAAAACCUUUCAACUCUUAUACACAUAUGUGAUUAAUGAAUCACCAGACGGCAAACGGGUGUUUGAAAUCCGGUAUAAAAGGUAUUAUUCCGAUGAGGAAAAUAUUUGGGGAACAAUAGAAGCCUAUAAACGUCUUCUCGGCCUCAUUAUGUUUAAUCAAUGUGGUUUAAAAGCCGACAUUAUUUCUGCUGUUGAGCACUUCUCGUCUGCCAUGAAAGAUUUCAAGAGUACCUUAGCCUCAGGUCUUCUUGUUAUCAUCAUUCACAAUGAGUCAAAGGAGGUUAUUCCCUUCAGUGGUAUUUCUGAAAUCUAUCGAAGUACAAUUGACCAGAUUCAGAAUGUGGGUUUGAGUGAACUUACUCUUGCAGAAAAGUUACCUUCAUUCUGUGAAAUUGUGCUAUUACCCGGGAAUGGUUUUCUAAACAUUCAGAGUUCCCUGCAGGAAUGUGUUAUGAGUGGUAAUGGGAGAAGUGAUAAUUCACACUACUAUCGAUUUAGCCGUCUCCUUGAAAAAAUUGUUCACGAUGCCCUUUUUCGAGAAGUGCAAUAUGUAACUUUGUCCCUUAAGGCUUUCGAAAACGAUUACGAUCAGAGAUCAAAACCACGAUUAUUCCCUCCUGAGAAAUCUUUUCCUCAACACAAUGGAAGUUGCAUCAGCUUCUAUGGAAAUAUGCCUGUUACUAUCACUGGGGUGUGUAGCUGCGAGUUUCUGAAGCUGCCGGAUCAUUCAGAACUCUCAUCAACUUUUCAAAAUAUACUCGGAUGGAAGUUUCAAUCUGAUUCUCCGCUGAUAAUUCAACCCGCGAUAGAUAUUACUGGAAAGGUAUUCAACGCUCUCCUACCCAAAGUACCGAGUCUUCCUGAUCUAACGAAAUUGGAGUCACCAUUACCAUCCCAACAGAAGAAAUAUAAUCGAGCCAUUUAUGAUUCCUUUACCUGGGGCACUGAGAACAAGUGCCCUUAUUCAUCUUGCCAGUAUCUUUGUCGACAGAACAAACUUGCCGGGGACCUUUGUGUUCAGCUGGGAGAAUUUGUGAAGGCCCAAUUCUACUACCGAAAAGCUUUGAAUUAUUCUACUCCCAAUGACCCUCCCAUCUGGCAGUCGGCUCUUCUUGUUGGUUACUCUGCUUCACUCCAUCUGCGUGAACUUGAUAGUCGCGGUCGACGGCGCUAUCUUGAUCCUCAUCUACUGUGGACACCACUUUCAGUAUUCCUGUCUUCCACGAUAUCUUCUUCUAUCGACGUUAAUGGGCUGAAUCUGGCUAACGUAAAGAAACAGGGUGCUCAUUUCCCUCGAACUUCUUCCAGUGCUCUGUUUCGGGCUGGGCAGGCCAUUCAACAGCUUAAAAAGGGCUCUUCAAUUCCUCGCUGUGUUAUUGAAGUCAUGUACAAGAAUGCUGAUUAUCUUGUGACUGUUUCGAAUAGAAACUCCGCUAUCAAGGCCCUCGAUACCCUUCAAAAUGAAGCUAUUCCACGCGGCGAUGCAUUCAUGUUUGAACGCUAUCAAGUUUUAUCAAAUAUGUAUGUGCGAUUGGGUCUACUUCACAAGGCUGGUUUGCUGCAGUACCUUCUAGAGAAUAGUCUAUUCAAUCUCAUUCAUACAUCCCACUCUCGUCCAUCAGCCGCUCCAACUCAUGCAUCUCCAAUUUGCCUCUCCUACAUCAACCGUAUUCGUUCAGGUUAUCUCAGUUCCCCUGCACUCAUUUCAGCCUAUCAACUUUCCACUACACCAUCGGGUUUUCGACGCACCCCCUGUGGAAGCUCUACUGGAGUCGUCUUUGUCUGUGGAUUGGUAUUCUCAGGCUCUAGGCAGCUUGGAUGGCCGAAAUUGCAAAGGCAACUUCUUGUGUCGGUAAUUAAAAAGAUUCGCAAGGCGAUUGAGGUUGCUAGCGGAACGAUUCAAAGGGCUAAUUGGAAGCACUGCACUUCCCUACUAGGCUACAUGUUUUCGUUGAUAAACGGGUGGCAUGAGGCCUCAGCUCCUGCAGAUAUAUCCAGGUAUAUUGAAAUCCUUCAGCAACUGGCUACAACCAAACCAGCUGACCAGCCUUCUCUACCGGCUAUUGGCGAUGCAUUUCUUGAGGUUGAGGAGGAGGAGGAGAAGAAGGACACAUCAACUGCCAUUCGGUCCUCUUUUGGCAGUCCAAUCAGUUCUACACUCCAUCCUCUGGUCAAAUUGGUCGAACUUCAUGUGGACAAGAUGCCCAUUGUUAGGAAUAUAGUAAUACCGGAACUACCAUCUCACAGUCUACCCUCCAGAAUGUCCUACGAAGCUCUCUGCAGCAUUGUGGCCAUUCAGGAAAGUUCGCCCGAUUCCUCGUUUAAGAGUGGUUCAAAUGCCUACUCAAGACGCAAGGCCUUCACUCGCCAACCGACUUUCAUCACUCAUCCUUCGCAUGUCUCUUCCUCGAAUACAGUGGAUUGGAUAGCGAGCGAUCUGGGCUAUAUUGAAGUUGAUUUCGACAAUCCCUUCGCUAUUCAAAUAGAAUUGGAUAAGGUGAGUUUUGAGCUCAUUGAGGAAGAUGCUGCUGUUGACGCACAAAUCGUAAAACUUGAAAGUGUUCAAAUCCUUCCGGGUUCCAAACCUCCAGCUAGGGAAAUCACUCUCAAGCCAUUUUCAGGCUGCAUCUUUGAGCAAGUUCCCCUGUUUCUGAACCGCGGAAAUGACCCAGAAUCUGAAGACUAUGUAGAAAAGGUGGUUCUGCCUCCGCAUUCCAUUAGAAAUCGUGACGAGGAAGGUGCCGCGGAAUGGAAACUCUACCCCAGUUCUCAAGAUGCCCUGGAAGAAGAUGAGGCAAAUGUGAAUACAAUUAGAACGCAAAAUGUGCUAAAAAGUCCGUCUUCCAUCCGAAUGUGUCCUCCACUGCCUAGAUUGUGUCUUUUCGCUGGCUCCUGCACAAAUGAAAAAGUCGAAAUGGAUGUUGAACCGAACUCAAUUCUAGACAGACUGAUCACUUCUGCAUAUACGUAUGCUCCUAGUUUGAGACUGGCUAGCACUCUGAACAAUCAGGAGACUAAGCAAUGUGCUUGCAAUAUAAUCAUUGAUUUGCAUCCCUACGAGAAACGUUGGUUGCCAAUUCAUCUCUUUGUUGGUGCGAAUUCCUGUACUUGCGGUAGCGCCCAGGAACACAAUCACUCAAGCGACGGUGGUAAACAGCUCAAUCUCCUUCACAUUUCAUUGCAGACCACUCUCAGCACCAACAAGCUCCUUCAAAAGUAUGACCUCCUUUUGGGACAGUUUCUGCAAAUUCCGAAUGUUUUGGACGUUAGACAGAAGUUGCCAAUGCGUUUAACAUCUAUUCCAUCAACACAACACUGUCGCCUCAAGGACAACCCGAACACCAAUGGCAGUUGUGGAACAAUCUGGCUUCAAGCCGACUCGACCGCAUUUUGGGAUGCCUGGUAUCAAGAUCCCUCCUCUCCUACUCAAAUCCUUGGCGAGCAGAGUCUCCUGGCUCAACUCUGCAUUGAAAUGGCCGCCGAUGUCCCCAUGGCUAAGUCGACAGAGGAAAACUGGACACGAGUGGUGAUUGGAAGAAAUGUCAAAGUAGGUAUCGAGAUCCGUUUCCUCACUUCGGUGGACUCACCACUAAGGAUCAUUGAACCUACUCUGGCGCAGAAUCCAAAUGCCUAUAAGGGGUCGUCGGUUGACUGCUUAUUGCAGCUUAAAUUGGACAAGAUGUUGACAAAUGAGUUGACGAACCUCGCUCGUCCCACAUCGGAUUGCACUGCUUAUCGAACUGAGUUGGAAGUGUCCUUCUCUUGGGCUGAACAAACCUAUAACUUCAAUGGCCAAAAAGUCAUUUCAAUCGCCACUCCAUGGGAGACCUUUGUGCCAGUGCAGCAUAAAGACGACGAUUAUGAUAACCAUGACGAUGUCACCAGCAAAAUUUCAAAGAGAGAUGCUCUCUCUGGACUUGUGAAGGUGGAGGAGACAGACUACACAAAGGCUCCGAAUUCCCUAGGCUUGCCGUUGUUCAAUCUCCUGCAAAUUUUUCAACUGGCUGACCUCCCACCACUGGCUGUUGCUACUCGACCUACUGAUGAGCUCCUCUUGCCACUUCCUUUACCCCAUGCUCUUGGAAGACUUUUGGAACGUGGAAUUGAUAUCCGUUGGACAUCUCGACUGGUAGUAAAAGUGAACAAUGAGAACUACAGUCUUCCGAAUGUGCGUAGUGGUCGUAUCGCGCCUAUCUCACCUCUCUCCUCUUCUGAUGACUCUCCUUGGUACUUUCCACUCCUCAAGUAUCCCCGAUUUGUUGCCUCAAUUCUAUGGCGCAGUAAAAUCUGGCUUCAGUUGGUUCAGCGUUUCCACUUCUCUCUCCCAGUCUACCAAAAGGAAGACUGUCCAGCGUGCAGGGAGUUGGAAGCCAUCAAAGACCCCACUCCACAGUUUGUCAAUAGGAACAGACGACCGAUCGACCCAUCCGCGACACACGUAGUCAUCUCCACACUCUCCAAAGUUCCCCUUGAACUCUAUGGGGGUAUUGAAGAUGACGAAUUCUUUUACACUCUUUAUUGUUUAUUGGCUAGGCAAUUCAGUCCUUUUGUUGAUCGACUCACUAAGGUCACUGUCGAAUAG